UGUCUCCCCGGGUUACACCUUCAGAGUUUCCCCACUCGGGCGUAGGGCCCGUGGCCCCUCUCCCUGCCUCCCCGGCUCCUCCGCUCGUGCCCGGGCCCCGGGGAAGUACCUCGCUCCACCCCGGGCCUCCUCUCGAGGCUCGCCAUGGGUCUUGCCCUGUGACCCCGUGGGGCUGGGGGGGCGGUUCGGGUGCGCUCUGUGGCGAGACAUGCUGGGAUUGGCGGCCUGGGCGGCGCUCCGCCGCCAGGAUACAGUAUCCUGGUAGCACCUUUGGCUUCAGAGGCUUUCACUUGGAGAAAUGAGACGCGGAGCAUGUUCCCCGAGCGAGUGGCAGGGAGGAAGGACUGGCUCCCCAGCCACCCACGGCCCCAGGGAGCCUCUCUAACGGUGCCUGGAGUAUUAGGAUGGAGCUGGGAUUGACCAGGCCCAAAUGGGGUGCUGGAACAUCUUGGCUGUCCAUCCUUUCAUUGGGGUCUUGGCUUGGCUGCUCUUUUGUUGUAAAAAGGAGCCGUCGAGUCUGAAAGAUGAAAGGCAGAGCUGAGUUGAGACAAGCCUGGAGUAUUUCCUGAAUGGCUCCAGGGUUUGGGCAGGGAGUGAGGAGCGAAGGCGUUGGGAAGCCCUGUGACACUGUGCCCAGCCUCCUGUCUCCCUGUGCAGCUGGGCUGUGGAUGUCUCAUAGGAGGCAAAGUUCAGCCCCACAGCUCCACAUCAAAACCCUGCCUACAUGACUCCCUGAGGAUUGUCUUUCUUAUUGUGGUGUUCUCCUCACAGAAUGGGCAAAUGACAUCUAGUAACUCCCAGAUAGUUUGGGGGAAUUUACACUGGAUUGUUUGCCUUAUUACAGUUUUAUAGAAUAAUAUUUCCACAAUUCUUACUGUUUGUACCCAGUAGAUAGUAUUUGUCUGCCCUUCUGUUGCUCUCUUGCUGUUAUUUUUUGUUACAUAAAGUUCAUUGAUGACAAUUGCCCCCUCAGUCAAGGGGUCCUUCUCAGCACAGCAGGGAUUGCAUUUUAAGGAGGAGCUGAGGGGACAAAUGUCACCAUCUCUGCAUAACAGGGCCUGCAUGGAGAUGUCAGAUCCCUGACCCAGGUUGGGGGCUUUGGCUGCUAUACCAGCCUGGCUGGGUGCCACUCCUUGACAUUUCCCAGGUUCCUGCCAUGCAUCAAGUCUGGGAGUAUUUGGCAGCUUCUCACCUUGAGUCUCUGUUUCUUCACUCCUGAGCCCUGAGAGAUUGCUGUAUGGAAUGAGGUUUGCAGUGCCUUCAGAAGAAUUUUUCCCAGCCCUGUCAGGAGAUGGAAGACUCCUCAGCACAUACUGAAGGACAAAUCUGGUAACCUUUUCUUCCGAUUGCAGAUACGUUUCAGUAAAAAAUACCAAGAACAGAAGAUGGACUAAGAAAUUACGUGUUUUGAACUAAUUGGGUAGUUCUUACCUCCUUGUCUAUGUGCUGAUAUUUUAUACUUGUUUCACUUACUGUAAAUCCUUCACUAUUAUUUUUCUUCUAAAGGCUAGUCUGCCUAAGACCAGAUGGAGCUGUGCUGACUGUCCUCAGAUCCUACAUUGGUGGCUAAACUCUCCCAGGUCUUGCCAUGUAGUUCUCCUGUACCUUUUCUCCCAUCAUAAAGCUCAAUUGAAAAUACUGUCCCUGUAGACUUCCUUGGUGAAAGGCUGUUAAACACCUCAUGGAUUAGCUUGUUGCUUUUAACCCAGAUUUGUUUCUUUACUCUUCUUUAUGCUGCAGUAGAACUGCUUAUGUUGCCCAUGUGAUGAAAAAACACAAAUCAGGUGGGAGCAAGGGCAGGCACUUGCCAGUGUCACUGCUGGGGAAACAGAGCUGCAUGAUCCACUGUCACUGUGCACUACAUCUGCUUCAGGGCCUGGGGGAUCUGCCAGGGAGAAAAUUGAUAUCCUUUGACAGCAGCAGGGACUCUGUGCUCUGCCCUUUACUGUGGUCCCUGCACUCUCUGGUCACAGCCAGGUCAGCCUCCUAGGGUAAGCACUGAGCCAGCCUUUUAUUUUAGGUGUCCCUGGUGCACUCAAGCUACAGCCCUGGAUUUUCUGCCUGCUGUGUGGGAGUUUCUCUCCUCAUCUGGGAGAGAACUGUGCUUCAAUGCCCUUAGAGCCUUGUAAAAUCAAACAGACGAGCCUUCAGUGCCCAGCCCACCCUGUGUGUGCAUGAAGGGAGGCAUUUGCUGCAGUGCAGGGUGAGGUGGUGGCUGGAUUCCAGAUUUCCCAUGGCUUGGUCCAGCAUCCUGCUGUCCCUGAGGUCUGCCUUCACCUUAGGAACAGGAACACACACCUGAGCUACUCUGUUUCUCUUGCAGGGCAGUGCUCUGCUUAGGUAAAGGGUCAUUUUGGGAAGCCAUACACUCCUCAUACUUCCGCUGUUCAGUGUGGAGUUCAGCACCACAGCUGAUAAAUGGAAGUGACCAGCUGUGGCACAAAUGUAAUCCUGGAUAUAGGUGGAAUUUGCUGAUGCAUCAUCACAGAGGUUGAUUUCUCACUGGUAUUUUUUUUUUUUUGACCUGAGUGGCCAAGCAAAAACUUGAUGUCUUGAUUAGGACAGAAAUUGAUUGUCAUCCUCUGGAUUUGCACACAAAAUGUAGUUCUGCAAGGAUGAUACUGAAGCUGAGAGGGAACAGUGGUGCUUUACUGUGUGGCAAAGCAGCACACCAGGCUGUUGCACCCAACAGCAUUUCUGUGUUGUCCUCAUGGACAAAUUGUGGCCAACAACACCCUCUGCUCUUCAGCUUGAACUUGCUGGUGGUCUCAGCUGCUCUGUCUUGGUGUGUGACUGCCCUUGAGACCACUUUUUUCUUGGAGCUGAUGUAGGGGAGGGAGGGCUGUUUCCAUGCUGUUGAAACACAGGUUUGUGCCUAGCUACCAGCCAUUGGAGUAGUUCUAGGCAUUCAGUUGGUUUCAGAUCAAUGUUGUUGAUCUUGUUCAAAGUUUUAAAUUCUUUGAAGGGAUACAAACCCUUAUUUUGAAAUGUAUGUUGGUUUUAAAAGCUGUUUGUUUUGUAUUGUUGUUAACUUGCUUGUUGAAGCUUUAAUCAAAAGUCCCAGAGCUGCGAGUGAGGAAUUUGGUGUGAACUCAGGUCUCGUUUAGAAAAAGAUGCUAUCCUUUUUAAUCAUGAAGAGCAGAAUAUGCAGCCUACAAUGGCAUAGAAAAUAAUAACAAUUGCAGUUGUCUAAUCUUUCCUCCUUGUGACUUUAGGCUGUGUGUGGCUGACAGCACAUUACUAGGUCAGCUUGCAGUGCAUACAUUUACAAGCUCUUGUUAUUUGAAGUGUGUCACCAAGCUGCACUUAAAAUAACCUCCACAGCCAAACUGCUCUGACAGUGGGAUGAUGUGCACACCCGGGCUCUUAAGGUCUUGUCCUUUCCUGUGGGAACAGGAUUGUGAGGAGCUGCCACAUUGCUAUUAGAGGAGCACAUGCUGCAGUGGGACUCAAGCUGGAAGAAAGAAUUUUGACUGAUGCAUACUGGGGUGCAGAGAGGCUGGGGCACAUGUUGGCCCUGUGCUCUUGUGGUGUGACAUUUGUACAGGCUGUGGCAGUGCUCCAGCUGAUGUCCCAACACUUGUGAGCAAGCUGUGUAGCAAUAAAAGGUGCUGGCAGAAUAAUUGUAAGCAAGUGCAGCUGUACAGUCACUCCAACAAUGACAGCUUCAGCCUCUGUAUUGUGUGUCAAUAAGUCCAAGCCAAAAUCCAUUAAUUACUUGGCUGGGUUUGAAUUCCAGCCUGGCCAGUUCACCCAGGGCUUUUCCUAGCUCAUGUUUCUACAAUAAAAUUUCAAGAGUGUACUUUUAUUGCCAUUGUGAGAUGCAGAACAGACUCCAGCUCCUUUGUUGUAGAGUUGGGUUGGCAGAACUAGGGAUUGCAUCAAGCUGUGACCUUCGUCCAUCCCAAAACUCCAACUGAAUUAAACAUAAAUGGAAAACUUCCCUGCUGGUAACCAACAGGGAUUUACCCUGGGGCAGGUGAUGUUGUUCCUGUCCAGAACUACAGAAAUGUGGUAGCUGCUGUCCUGUUGUGACCACAACCUGGCAAGUGAAGAUGCCUCCCUCCAUCUCCAUCAGGUCUCCUGAAUGCUCAGCAGCUGCUUUGUCAAGCUGUCCUUGCAGUAAGGAUGGGAGACAGUUUUCAGGUGGACAUUGGCCGUGCUGGCUAGCAGGAGGCGUGACUGGGGGAAGGACAGGCACUAUGGGCUGGUCUGCAUGCAUUGUGGCCUGCCUCCUGUGGGGGCAUAUUCCUGUCAUCCUUCCUGCUCCUCCUGCCUCUGUCUCUGAGCUCCUGUGUCUCCACAGGGAAACAGUGAUGGUGGCUAGCUGUUGGCCAACCUAGGCUUUACCUGAAAGUUGUACUAAAGGCCCUGCUGCUUUCUUAUGCAGCUGCUGCUUGCUGCAGACCCCUCCCCUGUGCUGGCCCAGAUGCUUCUGCAACUCCAUAACAAAACUCCUUUGGAGAGGGGCAAGCUCAGCACAUUUUUGUCUGCUACUGGGGCUGGAUUCCAGGCAGUGUUAGCUAAGGCUGUGCCAUGGCCAGACCUCCACCCUGGCAGCCACAGCUGUCAGCAGUGUCUGUGUCAAUCACAUCUGUGCUACCGUUGUCACUUACUCCAGAUCAGGGUCACAUAGGGCUUUUGCUGGCAUUUUCACACCUGUGUAUAUAAGCUGACUGUAAGAUUCACAGCCCAUGUUACAGCUUCAUUAGGCCACAUCACUUUUAUUUUUACAGCAGGAUGAUUCACUGAUAGCUGUAAAGCCGGGUGGAGAUGAGGUACAGAUGGCUUUCACUUCGGGCUGGUUUUACAAGGUCAUUCACAGCCGGAUGAGAGUGCAGGCAAUGGCCAAAGUGGCAGUGCAGGGAGAUUCCACAGUGACAGACCCUCUAGGCAGGAACAUUUUAAUUCUCCUUGGAUUUUAAUUUGCUCUUUAACACCUAUGUUCACUGCUGUGCUAGGGUCACUUUGUGGUCUGAGUGGGCUUGUGAGCUGGGUGCAUCUGUGGCGCAGUGUGUGGAAGGCAGCUCUGCUCUCUUGUUUACUGGUGGAAAUUUGAGCUGGGCAGAUGGUGGCAUCUGAGCCACAUCUUCUUCAUUCUGUGCUAAUCGCUGUGAAUGUCACAACACAGCCAGGUUUGCUGCUGGGGGCAGAUUGGGUAGCAGUGGAAUCGUGUGGUACAUCUCAGUUGUGGGAUUCUCUUCCCUGGGGCUUGGAGCCCCUUUGGGCUGCAGCUCCCACUGGGAUGCAGGUCCCUGUUCUCAUCAGAAGUUCUCAGCUUGACUGUAGAAGUGCUAACAAGCAAUGCAGCCUAUGGGCAUGGAAUGGACUUGGCUCCUUCCAUAUGGGUAGCAGCUCUCCUUGAGAAUGUGUAGCGCCCUUGGGAUCCUGCAUGGGAUAUUCCAUCUCCUACAUCCUCUGGCUGAGAUGCUGCUUACCUGUGUGCUGGAGAUGAGCUGAUUCACAGGUUGAGAAGGUCUGGCAAGUGUCGGUCUGUCUGACCCAGCCCUGUGGUGAUGUGAGCUGCUGUGAAGGUACUACAGAGCAACCUCAGGGUCUCCAAGCUACACCUUAACUGCCGCAUCUGAGGCUCGUCUUUCAGAAGGUGGAAGAACCAGCCAGCCUGCUUGGAAUACAAAUUCCUAUCGCAGCUGUAUCCAGGGGCCCUCCAGGCCAGCAAAGAUGCUGCUGUAGGUGACCGAUGCGCUUGUGCCUCAUGUGCUAUGGCUCUACAUGGCGUCUGCAGGACCAGACCAUGCUAAUCUGGGUCCCAAGCAGCAGAAGAGCAUUGGGCUGGAGUCAGCCACCCUUCCAGCAGAAAGACCUCAGCCGUGCUGGGCCUGGCGCCUUGCUCAGCAGCAAGCAAAACCCAUCUGGAAUUUAGAGAAGAGAUAUGUGAAUGCUUUCCAGGAUCGCAUCCUGCUGCCCUCAGGGAUCCCUCUGCAGCAAUCCUGCUUCUCAUGCUCGCCAUCACUAUGCCAUGCACAGCCCACUGAAGACAGCCUCCAAAGCCUUCCAGACACUGGGUCUGUCACGAGAAGGGCGAUGUCUUCCAUGCUGAUGGAGCCCUGCCUGCUGGCAGAGGAACGCUCUAGAACUGGAGUCAAAGGCUCUGCCUUCAGAUCAGGUCAGCAGGCUGCCAGCUCCUGUAGAUCAGUGCUCAAUAACAGCUCCUUCCUACGGCCAAGUGGUGCUAAAGUGCCUUUUCUGCAGUCACUGAAGAUGAAAAAGGUGGAAAACACCCGGAGUUUUCCUGCUGCUUCAUGGUCCCACUUUGGGGACAAUAGACACAGCUUCCAUAGCAGCCUGAUCAACGGAGCAGUAAUGAACAGCAACGUUGUGUCAGAGCAAAACACAAUCCCCUCCCUUACCCCCGUGCCAAGCAGUGCAGUCCUCAGGAAGGACCAGUGCUCGUUGGAAGAUGCUAAGGGAAGACUCCGCGGCUCAAAAGAGAAGGAACCAGAGAAGAGCCUCUUGAAGGCUGUGCAGUAUCUAUCUAGUCAGGCUGUCACAUGCAGAGGCUUUGGAUGCCAAGUUGAAAGUUCUGGCCUUAUGAAUGUGGGCAGCCAGUCCAACCAGAACGGCAGGAGGAGGCAGCAUGUUGGAGUGCAGAGCACCCGGAAAGAAAGCAUUGCUCCCCUGAACUCGGAGCUGGGGAGCCAUUGCCUUAACAGUAACUCGAGCCUUACGGGCACCUGUGAGGCUGCUGCCUGCACUAAGCAGAUCAGUGUCCAUCCCUUGGCUUCGCAUGCUGAUGCUCCUGACUGCAGCACUGGCUGCCGUCCCGUGGGUGUGCUGAGCCCUCUGUGUGCUGGGGACCGCCUGGCAGGAACAGAGCCUCUGCACUUUGCUGCCAUCUCUGAAGUGGCAGCACAGGUGUCCACCAUCCAACUGGAAAAAGAGGAGGAAUGGGCCCAGGCUGUGGUCCCAGGAAAGCUGAAUGCUACUGCUGAGAAGUCACUGCUGGAGCCAAGCCAUCCCCAGGAUGAAGCAGAGGAAGAACUUCCUGAUGGACUGGAUGAGAGCUGCAGUCAAGAGGAGUAUGAGGACAGUGACUCGGAUACUUCCUCUGAUGCCGAUGUGUCAUCCAGUGACUCCGUGGCUCCCGUAUCCAGGAAUUGCAUCGAGUGCCUGGCCCAGCCUGCUGAAGCUCAAGACAAAGUGCUCAAACCAGCUCUUGUCUGCAGUUUAUUCCCUAAUGUGCCUCCAACUAUCUACUUCAGUACUCGGGAUGAGACAGUGGAAAAGCUGCCUUGGGAGCAGAGGAAGCUGCUGCGAUGGAAAAUAUGCAGAGUCACGCCUAACAUAGUGAAGCAAACCAUUGGCAGGUCCCACUUCAGAGUUAGCAAAAAAAGCAAUGACUGGUUGGGUUGCUGGGGCCACCACAUGAAAUCCCCAGGCUUCAAAGCCAUCAGGGAACACCAAAAGCUAAACCAUUUCCCUGGUUCAUUUCAAAUUGGAAGGAAGGACCGUCUGUGGCGCAACCUGUUGAAGAUGCAGGCUCGCUGUGGGAAAAAGGAGUUUAAUUUCUUCCCUCAGUCCUUCAUCCUGCCCCAGGACAUCAAAUUACUCAGGAAAGCAUGGGAGGAAGGAGCUAGCCGACAGAAAUGGAUUGUGAAACCACCAGCAUCAGCAAGAGGCAUUGGUAUCCAGGUCAUCCACAAAUGGAGCCAGCUCCCCAAAAGGAGACCACUGCUAGUACAGAGAUAUCUGCACAAACCCUACCUCAUUGGCGGGAAGAAGUUUGACCUGAGGAUCUAUGUUUACGUCACUUGCUAUGAUCCCCUCAGGGUCUACCUGUUCAAGGAUGGAUUGGUUCGCUUUGCCAGCUGCAAGUACUCCUCCUCAAUGGAGAGCCUCAGCAACAAAUUCAUGCACUUGACCAACUACAGUGUGAACAAGAAGAACACAGAGUACAAACCCAACUCGGAUGAGACUGCUUGUCAGGGACACAAAUGGGCACUCAAAGCUCUCUGGAGUUACCUGACCCAGAAGGGAGUUAAUAGUGAGGCCAUCUGGGAGAAGAUUAAGGACAUCGUUAUCAAAACCAUCAUUGCUUCUGAGCCCUAUGUGAACAGCCUGGUGAAGAUGUACGUGCGCCGGCCGUAUUGUUGCCAUGAGCUGUUUGGGUUUGAUAUCAUGCUGGAUGAGAACCUGAAGCCCUGGAUCUUAGAAGUCAACAUUUCCCCAAGCCUCCACUCCAACUCCCCACUGGAUGUGAGCAUCAAGGGCCAGAUGAUUCGGGACCUCCUCAACCUCGCUGGUUUUGUUCUGCCAAGCAGUGUGGCUUCAAGGACACAGACAACAAGUGGCUCUACCUUCAGUCUGGGCAGUGCUUUGAAGGAGAAGCCCAAGCCAGCAGCUGAGCAUUUGAAAGCAGAGAAGAUGAAGAAGGCCUAUUACUUGAUGCAGAAGAUACCUGACCAGGAUUUUUAUUCUUCUGUCUUGGACGUCCUGACUCCAGAUGAUGUUCGCAUCCUGGUGGAGACAGAGGAUGAGUAUUCCCGGCGCGGGCAGUUCGAGCGGGUGUUCCCCAGCCACAUCUCCAUGCGGUACCUGCGUUUCUUCGAGCAGCCUCGUUACUUUAACAUCCUGGUGACCCAGUGGGAGCUCAAAUACUACUUGAAUAGACACAAAGGUCUGGAGCUACUGAAGAACUGGUGUGUCAAAGGGUACCACACUGGGGCAGGGACGGAUUUGGCCCAGAUGUGGUCAUUGCCAAAGUCGUUCUUCCUCCAGAAGAGUAGCAUUCAAUCAAACAGCUUCAGCAAACUGGAACUGGGCAGUCUGGGCACGUGCUUCCCUUCAGCUGGUGAAAAUCUCACAAGUUGCCUAGAGCCCAGCCCUACUCAGAGCUUACCUCUCAGCAAGUGCACUGGUGGAGCCAACCAGAGACCUCCUGGCUGCCUCUCUGACACUGCCCUGGCGAUGUGACCAAGCAACCGCCAUCCCUCCCUGGGGACACAUCAACCUACCUCAAAGGAAGAGACAGAAGCUGGCUCUGUAGAGCAAGAACUAUGGGAGCCCCUAGCACUGCACACUUGUUCUGGGCCUGGUUGUAGAGAGGGAUGUUUUCCUGGGCAAAGAGGAGACCCGUGUGACUUCAGUUUCUAAAACAAGUGGCAAAGCUUGAGGAAGUGGGAGUUAUCUGGCCUUUCUCCUAGACUGUUCUUAAAGCCUGACAUGGUGGUUUCUUGCUGCAUGGGAGCAUGGCUGAGCCUGCCCUUCUUGUCCCCAGUCAGCACGGGCUAAGCCCUUGCUCACCUGUGUCUGUCUUGAGUUGCUGGCGGCCGAGUCUGCUCUUGCCCUGCUGCAGCCUGGUCCCUGGAGAUAAGUCCCUAGUCCUCACGCCUGGGAGGAAGUAAAACUGUCCAGUUUUAUCCUUUCUGAACGUCUGUGUCAACAUCCUGCCCUCCCCAACAGGCAACAGGCCCUGCAGGAGACCUCAGACUUGCACAUCGCAGCUCAAGAGAGACCACGGGUACCAGCGUGGCUCCAGUUUGUUGUGGGGCUGUAGGGCUGCUGGGGAGGGAGCAUCCUUCUUAAGGCCAUUGGCUCUCUGGUGUGCCCUGCAACAUGUGUGCACGGACUGCAGGCUAGUGCUCUUCUCCUGGGUCAGCUCUCUGUUUUCCCUUUGUUUCUCAAGGAUUUCUAUUAAAUUUUAACACUUAACUAC